AUGUUGAGUAUUAUUUAUAUCGCAUUACUAUUCAAUAAUUACGCAUGUGGAUUUUUCACAAAUAAUUCGUCAACGCCUAUAAUAACCCGCGUAUUUGACUUGGGCGCCAAAAAGUCACUAAUUAAUGUUAAGACUAAGAGCAAUCAGAAAAUAAAGUUCAGUGAGGAACCUAAGCUUACAAUACCACUUACAAGUGAAAGUAUAAACAAGAUUAAAGUUAGCUCUCGGAAGCGACAGGAAAUGCCGAUCCUUUUUGACCACUUGAGCAACAGACUGAUUAAACUGAUGUAUGAGAAGGAUUUGGAGACGUUCAAUGAGAAGAAGCAACAAAGGGAAAAGUUAAAUCAGUGGAGAAUAAGGCCGCAUCCAAAGCGACUGGCUCCCAUAUUAUACAGAUUAGGAGAUGAAGUUUUGGGGAGAGUAGCUAAAAUAUACCCUACCUAUGCAUUAGUUGAUGUUGGUUCUACUUGCUAUGGCAUUUUACAUGCAAGGGAUAUUUCAGACGAUUGGACUCCUGACGUUAAAUCUGCGCUUAAACUAGGAAUGGAUUACCGGGUUGUAGUUACUGGCAUUGAUGAAAAAGGCCGAUCGCUCAGGCUCACAAUGAGACAGGGUCAGAUUGAAAGGGUUAAAAAGUUGGUUGACGCUUUCAAGAAUUUGACACUGAACGAAUCAAUCAUUUCCAAAAAUGUUAUUGCAGAUACUGAAGCGUCGGUUGAUACUAGUAUAUCAACUGACGUAUCUAGUGUUGCUGAUGAAAAAAUAAAGGUCAAAUUACACGUUCCCCCAUGCGUAUCACCCUUCCCUUACCCCUACAAGAUUUAUAAACUAGAGAAUCGAAAACAACCACAUGAGUACCAGAUCAAUGAAAUUGUAUUUGGGAGGGUAACCAGAUACACUGGAAUGGGUUGUUUUGUGGAUAUAGGGGCCACGGUAGAUGCUUUUCUCCAUUACAAAGAUGCGAGGCUGCUUUUACCUGAGAGGAAGAAGAGAUUGGAUUUGAAGGUUGGGAAUUACCUGGAUAAGUUGUACAUCAAACACAUAAAUGCAGCGCGUAAUAGAAUUGGGGUAACAUUUAAAACUUUUGAAGAAGAUCUAGAGGAAAGAGUAGUUUCUGGCAAAGAUACAAUUGAGGAACAAGUUGGAUACCCAAAUACCCCGUUGUACAAUGAAUGUCUUCAAAAUUUUGCCAAUUAUGUCGAGUUCCUCAAGCUUUCGGGUCUUUUUGACGGGUUUCUAAAGGAAAUAGGAGGAACAAGGGAUUCUUCAUUGAAGUAUUUGGCCUAUCUCACAAACUUGCACAACCAGAAGUUGUUAAAGGAGGAUCAAAUGACUUUACGUGUGGAAAGAUUUACCCCUAAGAGAACUUCCGAUGGCAAACCAGAUCCAAGAUUUGCCUACAGGAAAAUCAACAUCAAGACCAAAAAGGGCAGGAACGAAUUUAAAGAUAGGUACAAUAGCCUGGGCGAUGAGAUAUUGAAGUUGGAUAGUGCCCUGAUAUAUCCAGACAAAAAGAGCAUUUAUCAGACAGGAGAGGCAUCCGUUUGGAAUAAUGAAGUAUCAACGCCACUAAAUGAACGCACGUGCAAAUAUUACUUUGGCAAUCUGAAUGAACAGAUAAAACACGCGUUGGAUGUGGUACAGGGUAAUUCAUUGGAUAAAAUUGAUGUAAAUUGGCUAGAUAAUCAAAAUUUGUUAGACAAUUUUAGGAUGCUUAAGGAAAUUUUUGAAACUAAUCUAACAAACAGUGUUAACACUGAUGAUGUAUUAGGCCGUGACAACAUGGCACUUACAGAAGAUAUAAUUUCACUUAGAAUGAAACAUAAACAGGAUUUAAAAUUGCAGAAUGAUGAUAAAGUUAAUCCAGUAGAGCAGAUAUUGAAUGAAGUUACAAAAAAACACGAUGCUGAUUCACAAGAUAAUAGCAAUAUAAUUAUUGAUAAUAACACUAGAAAGUCUAUUAGUUUGGAUUAUGCUGAUGCUCAGACCAAAAAGUAUGAAGAGUUUAGGUCCAAAUCAUUAACUCCAAAAUUGGAAAACAGUCAAACUAAAAAUUCUAGUAAUCUUAUCAGGAACAAGGUACGGAAUGAAAAGGAUUUGGACCUCAAAGACCUGGUAGAUCUAACUAACAAAUUGGACAACUUAAAGCCCGAACAAGUGUUAGAUUUGAUAAACUCAAUGGAAGAUGUAUGCGCGCAAGAGCCAGAAUUGGCUGCUGGGUUGGAGCAAUUGAAAAUAGUGGCUAAAAAUGCAAUGCAGGGAAAUCUCACACCACCUGUGCAGAUAAAAUCUGAAGAUAUCAACGAUAAUUUCCUGGACGAGACUUCGCAACAACUACUGAGUAACGCCAUAGCCUACAAUGCCAAGAGGCCCCCUGGGGAAAAAAUGAAUUUGGAACUUGCAAAGAAGGCAUUAAUUCCACCAGAUCCUACAAAAUACAUCCCCAAAGGAUCGGAGAUUGAAGGUUGUUGGUGUAUUUUGCAGGAUCUUCUCAAAAUUACCCGUUUCAACCGCAUGUUGGAUAGGUUCAACAUUUCAACUGAACAGCCCCCUGAGAAGUUGAUUAGGGAAAUAUCAAGAAUCGUACCUAAUUUGGUACAGAAGAGGAUCGACAUGGACAGGAAGUUGAAUUUCAACUACACUGAAGACCACCAGGAAGAGAUAUCAAAAAUACCCCUUUGA